AUACCCAGAACGGCCGAGGAGAUGGCAGCUUACUUCCUCGCAUCUCUGCUAGGGCAAGCAAACCGUCAAUCGAUUGAUCAUUAUCGCGACCACCACGUGGGCAAACCCGAACGCAGGGAGGCAUACAGAGCUAGUGCGGUGAUGGAGCAUGCGCCUCAUGCGCCCAAGAGUAACUCUUAUAUGAUAUCAAUCCCGAUGCAAGUCAGGGCAGUAAUGGUCCGCCGGGUUCAGAUAAUAAAGGGUGAUGUCGCAUCCCAAGUGGUGCAACUUGUUGCACAAAUAUUCCAAGCUAUCAUGAUGGGUACCGUCUUCUAUCACCUCCCUGACGCCACUUCUGGUUACUUCUCCCGCAGGGGCAUCUUAUUUCUUGCAUUGUUUUUUGGCGCCUUGUCCGCUAUGGCAGAGAUACCCGCUCUCUAUGCUCAACGUCUCAUAGUUCUCCGUCACCACAAAGCAGCGAUGUAUUAUCCUUUCAUCGAAAGUCUGGCUCACACGGUCGUCGACAUACCAAUUACGUUCAUCAUCCAGGGCAUUUUCUCUGUACUUCUCUACUUCUUGGUCGACCUUCAGAGGACAGCAGCGCAGUUUUUCAUAUUCUUCUUGAUAGUAUUCACGAUGACGACCGCGAUGAAAGGAUUUUUCAGGCUGGUCGCUGCUGCUUUCAAAGAAGAGUCUAGUGCUACAUCAGUAGCUGGCAUUGGUGUUUUAGUCUUCUCGCUAUACACGGGUUAUACUAUUCCUCGGCUCAGCAUCCCGGGCGCCCUGCGCUGGAUUACAUACUUGAAUCCUCUUGGGUACGGUUUUGAAUCAUUGAUGAUGAACAAAUUCCACACUUUGAACGGGACAUGCUCUACCUUAGUCCCUCAAGGUCCUGGGUACGAAAAUGUAUCGCUGGCUAAUCAGGUUUGCACCACAGUCGGAGCUCAGCCUGGAAUGCCAACUGUCGAUGGUAACGCCUUUACCUACCUAUCUUAUGAUUACAAGUACAGCGAUCUUUGGCGCAAUUACGGUGUUAUCUGUGCAUUCGGUGUCGGCUUCCUUCUGUUGUUGCUCUUCGCAACCGAAUUCAACACGGGAUCUGCAUUUGAUUCUGCCAUCACCCUUUUCAAACAGUCAAAAGGCGCAGGAUCUGUUGGACCCGCCAAUGUACGAAGAGAUACGGAAAAAGCAGGACCAUCAGCACCUGAUGAAGAUGAGGAAAAAGCUGGACCAUCAGCACCUGAUGAAGACACGAAACAACAAAGAAGAGUAUCCGAUGGAAAGAAGAAACAUGCGCCGCCAGAUAUCUUUACGUGGCACCAUGUGCAGUACGUCGUACCAAUUUCAGGGGGACCAGAGAGGAAGUUAUUAGACGAUGUCUCUGGUUAUGUCGCACCUGGAAAGCUCACCGCCCUCAUGGGUGAAUCGGGUGCGGGGAAGACUACUCUGCUCAAUGUCCUUGCCCAGCGCGUCGAUGUUGGUGUUGUCUUAGGCGAUCGUUUCAUCAACAGACAACUGCUCCCUGCAGAUUUCCAAGCACAAACGGGAUAUUGUCAACAGAUGGAUACCCAUCUGCCCCAAGCCACUGUUAGGGAAGCUAUUCUUUCCUCAGCUCAUCUUAGACAAUCGGAAUUUGUCCCUAUGGAGGAGAUUCGAGCUCACGUUGACAAGUGCGUCCAAAUGUGCGGCCUCGAAGCCUAUGCAGAUGCAGUUGUAGGCACGUUGGGUGUUGAACAUAAAAAGUGCACGACAAUAGCUGUUGAACUGGCCGCGAAGCCCAAACUUCUUCUUUUCCUUGAUGAACCUACAUCUGGUCUCGAUUCUCAAUCAGCUUGGGCCAUCAUAACAUUCCUCCAUGAGCUCGCCGAUAGUGGACAAGCCAUCUUGUGCACCAUUCACCAACCUUCCGGGGAGCUUUUCCAACUGUUUGACAGACUUCUCCUCCUUCGCAAGGGCGGCCAAACCGUCUAUUUUGGUGAAAUUGGGGAAAGGUCUUCUACAAUGUUGAAAUAUUUUGAGCGUAAUGGAGCUACACCCUGUAAUAAGGAUGCCAACCCUGCGGAAUAUAUGCUUGAUGUCAUUGGCGCUGGAGCAACCGCGAACACAUCUGUUGAUUGGCAUAAUGUCUGGCAAUUUUCGCCGGAAGCUGCUGCCCUUGAAGAUGAGCUUGGACGCAUUCACACUGAAGGUCGAUCUCGUCCUGUUGUUCAGACAGAACUACGCACACAGUUUGCUACUUCAUGGAAGCACCAGACCAUUGCUCUUACACAGCGCAACUUCCAAGCAUAUUGGCGGAAUCCAACCUACUUGAUGGGAAAGCUCAUUCUCAACAUCGCCGGUGGUCUAUUGAUUGGUUUCACAUUCUACAAUACGAAAGAUUCCCUCCAGGGUACACAAAACAAACUCUUUUCCUUUUUCUUAGCCACGAUUUUAUGUGUCCCCCUUUCUCAACAGAUGCAGGCGGUCUACAUCGACAUUCGGUCAAUUUACGAAGUCCAGGAGCGCCAGAGCAGGAUGUACAAAUGGACUGCUCUCGUCACCUCUCAAAUCCUCGUCGAGAUACCUUGGAACAUUUUCUGCUCGUCGGUCUUCUUUGUUUGCUGGUACUGGUCAGUCGGAUUC